CGUCUCCCACUGUCUCGAUUCGAUUCGAUUCGAUCCUUCCUCUCCCCUUCGAAUCGGACGCGAGAAAGCGCGAAGGACCAUGUCGAGAUCCAGAGUCAGACGCGGGGAAUUACCCCCGCCGCAAGAGACCAUAGAUAAGUUGGAGAAGAUGGUAGAUGCAUGUAAUUUCUAUGAAGCUCAGCAGAUGUACAAGUCCUUGAGUGCAAGAUAUGUAGCUGCUGAGAAAUAUUCUGAAGCCCUGGAUAUUCUUCAGUCAGGUGCUCUUAUACAACUGAAGCAUGGGCAGGUUACUUGUGGAGCUGAGCUGGCUGUUUUGUUUGUGGAAACAUUAGUCAAGGGAAAAUAUUCCUACAGCAAAGGAACUCUUGAUCGUGUUAGGAAAAUCUAUGAUGAUUUCCCGAGGAUUCCCAUUCCACAGCAUUUAGAGGAUGAUGGUGAUAUGCAGAAACUUUCAGAAGCUUUGAUGGCUGCUAAAGUUCGUGUAGAGGGUUGCUCAUCAUUUUUGAGAGCUGCAAUCAAGUGGUCAUCUGAGUCUGGGGCUCCGAAAAAUGGAUCUCCCCAGUUGCAUGACAUGCUAGCAGAAUACUUGUAUUCUGAAUCCCCUGAGCUGGACAUGACUAAAGUGUCAAGUCACUUUGUUCGUGGAAGUGAUCCUGAGAAGUUUGCUUCUGUUAUAGUAAAUUUUAUGGGUAAGUGUUAUCCAGGAGAGGAUGAUAUCGCAAUUGCACGGGCAGUCCUGCUGUAUCUAUCACAAGGAAAUCUUAGAGAUGCAAACAACCUCAUGGAUGAGCUUAAAAAGCAACUGGAACAGAAGCAACUUGAAAUACCACACUCAGACUUGAUCCAGGUUAUUGGAUAUCUGUUGCGGACGUUGGAAAGAGAUGCUUUUCCACUGUUUAAGAUUUUAAGGCAGAAGUACAAGUCAAGCAUAGACCGGGAAACUUUGUUUGAUGAGCUAUUAGAUGAAAUCGCAGAAAGGUUUUAUGGUGUGCGACGCAGAAGUGGCCUGCAAGGCAUCUUUGGUGAUCUCUUUAAGAUGAUGUGAGGGCUGGCUUCAGUGUGAAGGUUAUAUUCGAGUCUUUAAGAUUUCCCCUUCUCUUUUCUCUUUCCAAAGAAAGUGCAGAGGACAUUUGAAUGCCAUGGCAAGAUGCAGCCUAUGUUUAAUUCUUGGAAGGAAAGGAUUUCCCUGUAGCUGGUUUGCGAUAAAGAUGAGAAGAUCUGGAUCGAUGAGCUGAAAGAUGCCAAAGAGGAUGGGUUAUGGAGCAUUCUUUGUGCGUAAGGGAUAUUUCUCUAAUAUCAUGAUGAAUUAUGAAUGAUUGGUGCCUCCAAUUUCUGAAUUUCGUGAUAUAUGUCUUGUGUGGUGCUUGAUUCUUGAUAUUACUAAGAAUUAUGUUGGAGUAUAGUGUUUCAUGGAUUUGUGCCACCCUCUCUGUUAA